GAGAACCAUGUCUGGUGUUUGGGUGUUCAAAAAUGGUGUGGUUAGACUCGUGGAGAACCCAGGUGGAGCUGACUCCUCGCAAGGUGCAUCUCGUCGCAAGGUGCUGGUGCACCUACCCACGAACCAAGUGGUCACUUCCUAUGAGGUUCUUGAACCAAUGUUGACCUCCAUCGGCUGGGAAAGAUACCACAACGACCCAGACCUUCUUCAGUUUCAUAAAAGAUCCACCACUCACCUCAUAUCUCUCCCCAAACACUUCAACAAACUCAAGACCAUGCACAUGUAUGAUAUCGUUGUCAAGACUCGCAAUGUCUUUGAAGUAAGAGAUACGUCGUAAUCAACUGAUCGUUAGGAUAUGUAAAACCCUUUUAAAUCUCACUUUAAAAGAGCCUUAAAGAGACGUUGGGAGGUUUUUACAUUUAUAUAUAAGUUUGAUGAUUUAUGUCUAGCCGAUGUUAGACUCCAAUAAUGAUCGUAUCAUGAUCUUCAUGGAUGGUUGUCUGGCUUGAUCUUUUGUUUGUGAUAUGAUCUGAUCAUUCGUAUAUAUGUUCUGAUCAUUCGUAUAUAUGUUCUU